CCCGGUGCGGGCGGCCCCCGCCAGCCCCUGCAGCUCCCGAGCAGGGGCUGGGAGCCGGGGCGGGGCUGGGCUGGUGGCUCGACCCGGCGGUCGCGCCGGCCUCCGACCCUGAUCUCAGGCGGCGGCGGCGGCGGCGGGCAGGAGAAGGAUGCUGUAGCCAUUAUAGUGCUGGCCGGAUUUUGAAGCACCCACCUUUUUUAUUUUUUCCUAUUCUGCCACAGACUUCCUCAGUGAAGUUAGGAUAAAUGGGUGUGUAUGAUUUUUCCCCUGAUCUAAAGUGGUUCCAUGUCUUGUUUGGACUGUUCCUGUAUUCUCCGUACACCAGUUGAAUCAAUCAGACCAGAAGAGCUAUCUCAGAGCAGCAUCCAUGAAUGCCUGGCUGAUUCUGAUCCAGCCUGGAUUCCCCCAUCUACAGGAAGGAAUGAAAUGGUAUUUUGCUCUUCUAAUGUCUCUCACUAUGAACUCCAGCUGGAAAUAGGAAGGAGGUUCAACAACUUAACCUCAGUCUACCUUGCACGGCAUACACCUACAGGCAUGCAAGUUGCUGUAAGGAUCACAGACCUAGAAAACUGCUCUGAAGAGCAUUUGAAAGCCUUACAGAAUGAAGUGGUUUUAUCCCACUUUUUCCAGCAUCCCAAUGUAAUGACACUUUGGACAGUGUUUACAGCUGGUAGUUGGCUUUGGGUCAUCUCCCCGUUCAUGGCCUAUGGUUCGGCUAGGCACCUAUUGAAGACUUACUUUCCUGAAGGAAUGAGUGAAGCUUUGAUAGGGAAUAUUCUAUUUGGUGCAAUCAGAGGAUUAAAUUACAUGCACCAGAAUGGCUACAUUCACAGGAAUAUUAAAGCUAGCCACAUUCUGAUUUCAGGGGAUGGACUGGUUUCUCUCUCUGGCUUAAACAACCUCUACAGUUUAGUUAACAAUGGACAAAAGUCAAAGGUGGUAUAUGAUUUUCCCCAGUUUAGUACAUCCGUUCUUCCUUGGCUGAGUCCUGAACUACUGAGACAGGAUUUGUCUGGGUAUAACAUGAAGUCUGACAUUUACAGUGUGGGAAUUACAGCAUGUGAAUUAGCCAACGGACAUGUUCCUUUUCAAGAUAUGCCUCGCACUCAGAUGCUGCUGCAAAAGCUGAAGGGUCCCACGUAUUGUCCUUGGGAUAUAAAUACCUUUCCCCAUGGGGAAUCCAGGAUGAAGAAUUCCAGAUCAGGUGUUGAUUCUGGAAUUGGUGAGAGCAUGACACGCACAAUGACCAGUGAAAGACUACAAAUUCCCUUUUCCAAAACAUUUUCACCUGCUUUCCACAACUUGGUAGAACUUUGCUUGCAACAGGACCCAGAGAAAAGGCCAUCAGCAAGCAGUUUGCUUUCGCAUACGUUCUUCAAACAGAUAAAAGAACAAACACAGAAUUCACUACUGUCUCUAUUACCACCUCCUAUUCAAAAUAACAGAUCAGAGUUCUUGGCCCUGCCCUCAACAGCAGUUGGGACUGAACUUGGACAUAUUACUGCAAAUCAAGAUGAUACAGACUGGGAAUUCUAAAUAAAUACCAAACAGUCAUACCUCUCCUGUGUUUCAAAAAAGGAAAAUGUGAUUUGUAUUUGCUGCUUAAGUUUGUAUGGUUAAAGUACAAUUAGACAAAGUAUACUUGAAAAUGCCAUUGAAGUGGCCAUAUUUCAUUAACUACUUCCUCUGCUGGCAUCAUGAAGUGCAGCGUGUCUCACUUUCUGACCAUAAGGAAAACUGUAUAGGGAAUGGCUGAAUGCUUACUUCCCUCUUCCAAAAUAUUUCUUAACAAGUGAGUUCUUGCUGUAAUCCUACUCUAUACUCUACUUUCAGCUCAUAUUGCUGCAGUCCAUUUGCCUUUCUGAAUUCAAGCUUGGGUUUUGUCUGUGACCUUACAUAAACAAUCUAUUUGUCUUUUCAUUAUCAUGCAAAUUAUUUUAGUAAGAAAUCCUUCACUUCCAAAUUAGUUUUUUAUGCAAAUAAAUGUUUCUCUUUUCACACA